AUACACUUCGAGAGGCAAAGCGAUAUCGUUCUGGGUGUGCUUUUCUUUCUAAUAUUUGCGUUCUGGUAAUCCGUCAUAUUUUUUCUCUGUCAUAUUGAAUACUCGUUUUUAAUAGUCCGAAACCAGAUCGCAAAUUAAAGGGUGUGUAAUAACAUACCUUUCCAAUUACGCUUUUCGAGAAGAGCUGUAUUAUUUUUGUUUGUUACGUAAGGCAGAGAAAAAUAGUAAAACUGUUACUGCGAGUCUUCAUGAUUAGUUAUUUUAUUACCAUUUCACUGUGUUUCAGGUUUAUAUCUGUGCUCGCGUGAGGUUCAAAAUAUAGCUCAUUGAAUAUGACACAUCUCGGGUGGAGAAAACGUGCAGCUAUCAUGGUCCUUGGAAUCAUUAUCUUACAUCGGCCAUCUGGAGUCUAUUCAGUGUGCCAGAAACCUUCAGAAGACCAGUAUGCGUCUACUAACUUUAUUCCCGAUUAUACCGAGUAUGAGGAGUUCACAACCAUAGAAAUGACGUGUGAACCCGGUUCAUCGGGAGCUGGAUCACCUACUAGUUUGUGUAUGAACGGAGCCUGGGAGCCAUCUCCACUCAUCUGUUACAGUAACUGCGAGCGACCAGGAGUAUAUCAUGACGUCACAUACGACCCAGAUCAGGAUAGUUAUGAACACGGCUCCGGUGUGACGUAUGAGUGUGUCGAUGGAACUAAUGACUUGCUUGGUCCAAAUCAGGCAUUUUGUGAAAAUGGCGUCUGGAAUCCACCACCAACCUCAGCUAACCCGUCUUGUUCUGGAAUUCGGACAGUACCACCAACAACCAGCCGACAGACAAUAGCUACAACUUCGCGAUCAGCAACCAGUAAUCCUUUAUCAGCUGUCGCAACAUCCCAUGAUGGCACCACAUAUGUUACUACAACUGCUAUUGCAGAAACGGAACCAGUAUCAGGAAGGUCAAGCUCUACCGAAAAUCCAACAACAGCAGAAUCUCUAACACCAACAGAUGUGGCCCCCAUUUCGGAUUUGUUAACAUCCAUACUGUUAUUAACAACCUAUGUUAGUGAGAUUAAAACGACAACUGAACCGAUGACUGCCAUUUCCGGACAGACCACGGAAGAUACCCCUGGCUCACCUACCUUGGAAUUAACUGAAGGCAGCACUGUUUUUACACAUGAAACUGACAGCACAAUUGUUUCAGAAUCUACAUCGCUGAUGACGACGGUCAGUGCAUUUUCUGCAACAACAGAUCGUUCUGAACGCAGUACUACAAAUGAUUUCCUGGAUCGAACUGACAGCAGCAGUACAGUUGUCGGUGUGACAGCUAGUAGUGCAGUCAUCAUUACAAAUCCAAUAAAAGUUACAACUGCUUCCGUGCUUACUGAACAAACCGGCAGGAGUACUGUAACUGAUGCUCUAAAUGAACCAACUGAGGAUAACAUUGUUUCAUCAGCUACUCUCCAAACCGAAGGCAUCACGCUAAUUGGUGCUACUGAUUUAACUACUGACAUCACAGGUGAAGCGACAAUCUCGACUGAAGGCAUCCAAACAACAGGAUAUACUUCAGGUACACAGACUGAUGGUACUCUAACACAAGGAACAGAUCAACAAAGUGGACAAACAUUUGCACCAACCGUGGAUAUCUUACCGACAGAGACUAUUUCAACAUCCGCCUCAGCAAAUCUCGAUGAAACCCAUAUUCCAACCACGGGAACGUUGGGAUCCGAGCAAACAAAAACCGAACAACAUAUCACCGUGUCGACAGGAACUCUUGUCACAUCCAGCACACUUUCAGAUUGGACUAGCCAGGCUACGAAUGCAUACAAAAUAACUUCUGGAGGCCAUACAGAUGGUUCCACAAUAUCUACAGAAGAACUAUCAACAAAUACUAUUUCGAGUUCAGAGACUAGCGUGACAACAAUGCAAGCAAUGACUUCUGAAUUAGGCACAUCAAUAUCAUCGGAUCCAUUGAGCACAUCCUCAUCUGCAGGAACAUUCACACCAAUGUUAACAGAGGAUAUCAUGACCACGGAUCAACCGGAAGGUACAAAAGCACCGAUAGAAGAAAUAUCCACAGCAAUGAUAAAAACCGUGUCUAUGGGUAUUUCUGAUGAAGUUAGCCAGGAACCAAACGAGGGACUGACAACUGUGACAGACGUGACAGAAGAUGCUACUACAAGAGACCUCACAAUCAUUACAACCAAUGCCGUAACGGAACCAAGCAAAACGUCCACAGGCCAAAUGCCUACUGAGGCAAAAGUGACUCCAAUGAAAACUACUUCUCCUGUGGAAGAUCCUUGCAAUGGUCAGUGUGAAGUAGAUAGAGAGAUUUGUGUAGAUACAACAUGUAUAUGCCGAGAAGGUUCCGAAAGACCGUAUGGAGAAUCGACUUGUGAACCUACAACAUACUACACUAUAAGUAUGACCAUACUAGAGAUUGAUGGUGAUACUGCUAUUUUUACAAGCGAACUUCAAUCGACUGGGAGUGAUGCUUUCAAUACAUUGCAGUUGACUGUUUGCACGGCGGUAACGGCAUUACUGGAUGAUAUUGUUAGUGGGUUUAAAUCCUGUUCGGCUAUUAGCUUUAGUGCAGGGAGCAUCAUAGCUGAUAUCAGACUGGGAUUCACUAAUACAACAGGAGUAGAGAUGCAGAGUAUUCUCGAUGCUGUAAUGACGGCUGAUCUCUUUCAAGUUACCAAUUCUAAUUUCACAAUUAAUCCAAACGAAACGUCUGUCACACCCACUGAUGAAUGUAAACUUGGCUUAGACGACUGCUCCCAUCACGCUGAUUGUAAAGAUCUAGCUGAGAAAUCAUUUACGUGUCAAUGCUGGGAUGGUUACGCUGAUAAUUCACCCGAGGGUUAUGACGGUAGAAACUGUGCAGCAUAUAAUUGGAAGUUGAUAACCAUUGUCGUUGGAUCAUGUACGGGGGCGUUACUCCUAGCGGCUUGCGUGAUCCUGGUUUGCGGAAGCAACAUAGUCGAUAGAUGUAGUCGAAGGCCAACAAACGUAACCAGUGGAAGGAGACCCGGCCCGAAGCAGGACGUAGGCGUCACAACUGACGAGGGAGUCGAGGGACAGGAUAUUAUACCAUGGCAUCAUCGUGAGAAAGACGAGGAAAUCUUUUAUGCUCAUCCUGUGGUCGAUGGUCAGGAGGCUCGAAGGCUGAACAGUGCUCGUAAUAUCAGAGGGAAGGAAUCGUACAUCAACGACAUCGAGUCGUACGAUCUCAAUGACUAUAGAUCAUCUACUUAUGAUCACGAUGACAGAUAUGUUCCUUUAGCUAAGUAAUGUUAUCAAUAAUCAUUUGACGAUAUCCUCCGAUAUCAGGCCUCGCUGUAUGUCUCCUUUGAACUCAAAUGGCCCGCCCCUCGAUAACAAGACAGGCAUAGACCAUUUAGACAGUGGCUCUUGGUUUAAGCGGGUGAAAAUCAAUUAGAUUGUCAAUUCUGAUUUGCUAACAAUGAACAUUUUAUUUAAAAAACCUGACAAAUAUGAGAUUUCAACCUGAGCUGAUGGUUCAAAAAGAUAUUUAGAAUCUUGUGCCGCACUUACAAAAGAGUUGUCAUGCCUUGCGUUUUAGUCCUGCGUACCAACAGCAUAAACAGUUUUUGGAAACAGCGCCCUCUUCUGAGUCCUGGAGCUGGUGGUUCGUUUUGACUAUUAGGUUCUAUGAGCCUAAUUACAACAGGAGGGCUACAUAUAUUCGUUCGACCCAACCCCAUUUAAUUUUUUUUCAAUUUGAUAUUGCUGAUCUGAUUGACC